AGAGAGGGAGAGGGGCAGAGAGCCCGCGCACAGACUGAGGAGAGGGAGAGACUGAGGAGAGACUGAGGAGAGUGAGAGAGGCAGAGAGCCCGCGCAGUCGAGCUUCUCACACUGCUCUUGUGCGAAGCCUCUCUGACGGACCGCUGCUGUUUGCGCCGCUACGCAGUUUAUUUGACUGACUCCCACUGCGCCCUGCGCGUCCACGCCGCGAUCAUGCACCGGCACCAUCCUGCCCGGGGAUUGUCAUCGUUACUGCCGGUCGCUCUCUGGAUAUUCAGCGGGGUGCACGGGAUUUUGCAAACAACCCACAAGUGUGACGAGCCCCUCGCGUCUCCGUUGUCGCACACCGCCUUCACCAGCUCCUCCGUGUUCUCCAAUGGAUACGCCCCGGGAUACGCCAAGCUCAACAGAAGAGGAGGGGCGGGCGGAUGGUCACCUCUCGACAGUGAUCAUUACCAGUGGCUACAGGUCGACUUUGGUUCGAGGAAGCAGGUGAGCGCCAUAGCAACGCAGGGCAGGUACAGCAGCUCUGAUUGGACGACGAGGUACCGGCUUCUCUACAGUGACACGGGGAGGAACUGGAAACCUUAUCAUCAAGACGGGAACAUAUGGGCCUUUUCCGGGAAUUCCAACUCCGAGAGCUCCGUCCGGCACGAGUUGCAGCAGGGAAUAGUGGCUCGCUUCCUCAGGCUAAUACCCCUGGACUGGAGCGAGGAGGGCAGGAUCGGACUACGCAUUGAAGUCUAUGGCUGCUCCUACUGGUCGGACGUGAUCAACUUCGAUGGACAGGGCGUCAUCUCUUAUCGCUUUAAGGUGAAGAAGAUGAAGAUCAUUAAGGAUGUAAUUGCUCUGAGAUUCAAGACUUCAGAGAGCGAGGGCGUGAUUCUGCACGGGGAGGGCCAGCAGGGAGACUACAUUACCCUGGAGCUGCGCAAGGCCAAACUUCAGCUGCAGAUAAAUUUAGGCAGUAAUCAGUACGGCUCUAUUCUGGGACACACCUCGGUUACCACGGGCAGUUUGCUCGAUGACAAUCACUGGCACUCCGUCGUGAUCGAACGCUAUCGGAGAAACGUCAACUUCACUCUGGACAGGCACACGCAGCACUUUCGGACCAAUGGGGAGUUUGACCACCUCGACCUGGAUUAUGAGUUGAGUUUCGGGGGGAUGCCGUACAGCGGUAAACCGGUGGGAGGAGGCAGAAAGAACUUUAAAGGCUGCAUGGAGAGCAUCAACUACAACGGAGACAACAUCACUGACCUGGCGCGGAGGAAGAAGCUCGACACUUCCAGCUUUCGUAACCUGUCCUUCUCAUGUGUGGAGACUCAUACCUUCCCCGUCUUCUUCAACGCCAGCAGUUUUCUGCAGCUUCCGGGUCGAGCCAAUCACAACGUGUUAUCAGUGGCGUUCCAGUUUCGGACGUGGAACCCUGAUGGACUCCUGCUCUUCAGUAACUUAGAUGACGGGAUUCUGGAGAUUUCGCUUGAAGAGGGAAAAGUCGUGGUGCAUAUCAACGUCACGACAGAGACUAAAAACUACAGAGUGGACUUGACAUCAGGAUCGGGCCUCAACGACGGCCAGUGGCACAGCAUUCGCCUGGUUGCCAAGGAGAACUUCGCCAUGCUGACCGUAAACGGAGAGGAAGCUUCGGCGGUGCGCUCUUCCUCGCCCCUCAGCAUCACUACGGGAGGGACCUAUCACCUCGGAGGAUACUUCCUCCAGACUCUAUUCCCUCCCACUCAGAGGUCCUUCCAGGGCUGUAUGCAGGCCAUCUUAGUGGACGACCAGCCGGCCGAUCUGCAUGCAGUGGAGAGAGGCACCGUGGGGGCUUUUGAGAAUGUCAGUCUGGAUAUGUGCGCCAUCAUCGACAGAUGCAUGCCGAAUCACUGUGAGCACGGCGGCGGGUGCAGGCAGACGUGGGACAGCUUCAGUUGUACCUGCGACGGGACGGGGUACACCGGCGCCACCUGCCACACUUCGAUCUACGAGCCGUCAUGUGAAGCCUAUAAACACUUGGGCAGGUCCUCGGAUACGUACUGGAUCGACCCCGAUGGCAGCGGCCCCCUCAGCCCCUUCAAAGUCAACUGUAACAUGACAGAAGAAAAUGUGUGGACAACGGUCAUGAACAGCCUGCCUCCCAGAACCUCAGUGACGGGCUCCAGCAGAGAGAAACGAACGGUUCUACAGGUGAACUACAGCGCCACCAUAGACCAGAUGACAGCCAUCACCACCAGCGCAGAGUACUGUGAGCAGAGCAUCGCCUACAGCUGCCGCAUGUCCAGACUGCUCAACACUCCAGAUGGGACCCCCUACACAUGGUGGGUGGGCCGGGGCAGCGAGAAGCACUUCUACUGGGGCGGCUCUGGUCCCGGGAUCCAGAAAUGUGCCUGUGGAAUCGACAGGAACUGCACCGACCCCAAGUACGACUGCAACUGUGACGCAGACCACAAACAAUGGAGAGAAGACUCUGGUCUGUUGGUUUACAAAGACCACCUGCCGGUCAGCCAGGUUGCCGUGGGUGAUACAAACAGACCUGGAUCGGAGGCCAAGCUCACCGUGGGACCGCUGCGAUGCCAGGGAGACACGGAUUACUGGAACGCGGCGUCAUUCACCACUCCCUCAUCCUACCUGCACUUUGCCACGUUCCAAGGAGAGACCAGCGCAGACAUCUCCUUCUAUUUCAAGACCAGCGCCCCCUAUGGAGUGUUCCUGGAAAACCUGGGCAACACAGACUUCAUCCGACUGGAGCUCAAAUCCCCUAAAGUCGUCUCCUUCUCUUUCGACGUCGGAAACGGCCCGGUCGAGCUGAACGUCCACUCGGCCACGCCCCUCAACGACGACCAGUGGCAUCGCGUGGUCGCCGAGAGAAACGUGAAAGAGGCGGUGCUUCAGCUGGACCAGACGUACAGGGUUUCCCGCUUGGCUCCGACGCAGGGCCACACCAGGCUGGAGCUGUUCAGCCAACUCUACGUGGGUGCCGCGGGGGGCCAGAGGGGCUUCCUAGGCUGCAUACGGGGGCUUAGGAUGAACGGGAUCACGCUGGACCUGGAGGACAGGGCAAAGGUCACGCCGGGGGUCAAGCCGGGUUGCCAAGGACACUGCACCAGUUACGGGAUGUACUGCCGCAACGGAGGGAAGUGCGUGGAGAAGUACAACGGGUACUUGUGCGACUGCUCCAACACGGCCUACGACGGGCCCUUCUGUACUAAAGACAUUGGUGGGUUCUUCGAGGCGGGCACUCUGGUGAGGUACAGCUUGUCCCCCGAGCCGGUCUUGACCAGCAGAGAGUCCCGGCUGCAGUCGCAUCAGCUCUGGCCUCAGGAGGUGAACCUGACCAGGGAGGAGGUCACCCUGAGCUUCAGCACCUCCAACUCCCCCGCGGUGCUGCUCUACGUCAGCGCCAAGACUCACGACUACCUGGCCCUGCUGCUCCGACACAACGGCUCGCUCCAGGUGCGCUACAACCUGGGCGGUCUGAGGGAGCCGUUCGCCAUCGACGUGGACCAGCGCAACUUGGCCAACGGGCAGCCCCACAACAUCAACAUGUCCCGAGUGAACCGGAGCAUUAGCAUACAGCUGGAUCAUUACCCCGGGGUCAGCUACACCCUCCCUGACGCCUCCGACACGCAGCUCAACCUGGUCAAGACGCUCUUCCUCGGAAAAGUCUACGAAACGGGAUACGUGGACCCAGCAGUGAUCGAGCACUACAACACUCCUGGUUUUGUGGGCUGUUUGUCCCGAGUUCAGUUCAACAGCAUCGCUCCUCUGAAGGCUGCCCUCAGAGCCGCGACACAGUCCAAGUCCAGGUCCACAGACUCUCAGAGUGACCGGCCGCCCUCACCUGUGUCCCACCAGGGAAAACUGCUCCAGUCCAACUGUGGGGCUUCUCCUCUGACCAUCCCACCAAUGUCUGCAGCAACAGACCCCUGGCAUUUGGACAACACAGAUGCAGAGUUUCCCUUCAAUGAGGAGAGAGUGAUUCCUGAUGGAGUCAACCGAGAUUCGGCCAUUAUAGGAGGGAUAAUAGCUGUCGUGAUCUUCACCAUACUCUGCACACUGGUGUUCCUGAUCCGCUACAUGUUCCGUCAUAAAGGCACGUACCACACCAACGAAGCCAAAGGCAGCGCAGAGUCUGCGGCAGAGUCAGCAGACACCGCCAUCAUCGGAGCAGACAACCCAGAGACCAUCGACGAGUCAAAGAAAGAGUGGUUCAUAUAACACCUGCUCACUAUCAAGACCUUUAUACGACGAAAGGUCCGCCAGACUGUCCCAAAGGCGGGCGAGAUUUUAAUUCAGUGGCCAAUCACGCCACUUACUGAGACUCUCCCAGAGACGGCAGUGCUGUAUACGAUUUCCUUUACGAUUUGUUUUGUUUUGUUUUUUUAUAUAUCCAGUAUUAGAGGAAGAAGAGGGGCCAGUGGAGCGCGACUGUGAGACUGUCUGUACAUACUAAACUGGCUUGUCCUUCUUUGUAUUGUGCUUGGGAGUUUUCAGUACUUUGAAUACUGUACAUGACAAAUACUUACUCUUAACUGGGUGUGAUAGCACACACAAAUCUCUGUUGCAAUUUGAUUAGAUUUUUUAAACAGAAAUCUUCUAUCUAAUAAUGUUCUAUUGUUGAACGUUUAAAACCAGAAUUGAGUUUGUCCCGUUGAGUUUUAGUCUGUCAUUCAUGUCCAUGCAAUGCAACAGAUGUGCCACUUUGUACCGUGGUAAUAUAGUUUAAUAUGAAUGCCAAAACUCACGUGUAAAUAUAGUUUUAGUUUUUUUUCAAAGCAUUUAUUCAGAGGUUUAGUUACAAAUCACUAUUAAGAUUUAUAUAAAAUCAUGUGUCUAUUGUGUAAACACCGCGUUCCAAAUUAUUAUGCAAAUUGUUUUUAAGUGUCAUAAAGGUUAAAAUGUUUUGUUUUCCAGUGAAACCCAUGGAUGGUUUUGUGUCUCAGGGCUCUUUGGGUCAGUGAAAUCAAUCUCAAACACCUGUGCCAAUUAGUUUGCCAGGUACGUCCAAUUAAAGGAUAAAAAACUUAAGAAAGACGUUCCACAUUAUUAAGCAGCAAUAUGGGAAAGAAAAAGGAUCUCUCUACUGUCGAAAAGCGUAAAAUCGUUGAAUAUCUUGGACAGGGCAUGGAAACCUUAGAUAUUUCACGAAAACUUAAGCGUGAUCAUCGUACUAUUAAGAGAUUUGUAGCUGAUUCGAAGCACAUGCGGAUUCGCGCAGAUAAAGGCACAAUGAGGAAGGUUUCUGACAGACAAAUACGUCGUAUUAAGAGAGCAGCUGCUAAAAUGCCAUUACAAAGCAGCAAACAGGUAUUUGAAGCUGCUGGUGCCUCUGAAGUCCCUCGAACAUCAAGGUGUAGGAUCCUCCAGAGGCUUGAAGUUAUGCAUGAUCCUUCUAUUCAGCCACCCUUAACCAAAGCUCACAAACAGAAAGCGCUACAGUGGGCCCAGAAGUACAUCAAGACUAAACAAGGCUGCAACGUUAGCAAGGAGGUGGCGGAAGCAUGUUUAGGGACAGAAUCGUGGGGGGAGAGCUGGUCGGCGCCUUCACGGUCCCUGAAGGUGUGAAAAUGACCUCUGUGAAGUAUGUGGAGGUUCUGAGUGACCAUGUUCUUCCAUUAAAUCAACUUCAUACAUGACAAUGCACCAUCUCCUCUGCAUCAUUGGCUGCUAUGGGCAUAAAAGAGGAGAAAUUCAUGGUGGUCUCUCCAUUGUCCCUUGACCUCAACCCCACUGAGAACCUUUGGAGCAUCAUCAACCGAAAGAUCCAUGAGGGCGGGAGGCAGUUCACAUCCAAACAGCAGCUCUGGGAGGCUAUUCUGACAUCCUGGAAAGAAAUUCAAGCAGAAACUCUCCACAAAAGUUCGAUGGCUGCAAGAUUUGUAAAGCUCCCAUCAAAUAAAGCGUCCUAUGUUAAACUGUAACUUGACCUGUGAAGAUAUUUUUGAUUGAAUUAGCUUUUGAUUUCAGUAAUAUGUUAAUGCUUUUAAUUAAAAAAUAAACGAAUGACCAUUUUCAGUUCUUUACAACAAUAACAUGGUUUGAAACUCUAUUGUGCAUAAUAAUUUGGAAGAGUGCAGUUUAGGUUUUUAUUUUUGAAAAACUACUGUUAUCAUUGUGAGGUUCGUUCAAUCAUAUUCAAAUUGUACUCUAAAGGUUGAUGAGUUGAAAACUAUCAUGUCAACUUGGCAAAAUCGGAGAAAAAUAUAAUUUGCAUAAUAAUUUGGAACGCGGUGUAAAUAUAUUUAUGUUGUGGCGAGACAUGAAAGGCAGGGGGCGCUCAGAAGGAUGUCCCAGGGGUUGUGGUUGUGUUGGCUUAGCUCAGCUUGGCAGUUCGUUUUUUUACUUUACCACUGAGUGAAACAGAGCAUGUAUUCACUCAGCAGUCAUGUUUUAGCCAAAUACUUGAGUCCGUUUCUCUGCUCAUAUCUGCAACUGAUGCAUCGACUGAACUAAUGUUGUAAUUCAAUUCAAUGUGAGGCGUGUACAAGAUGAAGUAUGUUAUGUACACAAGAGACAGUGAAGAUUUACCAGCUUUUAACAUAAUUCAUAAAACUCAUAUUCACUUUAAUUAUUUUAUUGUCAUCACUCAACAUCUGCAUUUUACUGCACGUUAGAAUGAAGAACCACAGUUAGGAAAUACUCAGAAUAUCUCAUACUAAUCAGUGGUGGAAUGUAAUGAAGUAAAAGUAGUAAAGUACUGUACUUAAGAAUAUGUUUUAGGUAUCUGUACUUUGCUUUUUACUUUUACUUCACUACAUUUGAUAGCAGUAUCUGUACUUUCUACUCUACUACAUUUUUUUAACUAGACUGAUAAGUAUUUUACUAUUAUGUGAGACCUGUUAUAAAGUCUGAGGGUUUAUUUUUAACAUGUUCGUGAUCUGAGCAAACAAAAAUAUUCAAAUAAAAACAGCUACAGCUCAACUGUUUUUAUAUCGAACAAAAUUCAGCACAAACUUUAUCAAAAUCACUAUAUUAUAAAGCUUUAUUACAUCUUCAAAUGCGCAAAACACUUUUACUUUUUAAUCUUUAAGUACAUUUUUGAAUGGACACUUUAGUACUUUUACUUAAGAAGAUUUUUACAUGUGAUAUUUUUAAUUUUAGUUUGUGUUUUUUUGCUCCAGUAUGGGUAAAUUGAGUACUUCUUCCACCAGUGAUGAAUGAAGUUGCUCUUUGAAUUGAAUUACUAAAUCAAACUAACAGCGUUCUUUGUCGUCCCUGUAGACAAAUGUGUCCUGCAUUUGACCCAUCCUUCUAUAAAACUGUUGUUAUGAGUAGGCCUAUUAUUAUUGGCGAUGUCGGCUUACUUCUAACGCCCAUUAUUAGAAAUACAAUGUACCCAGGCAGAGGAGAAGGGAUGGAAGAAAUUGUAUUAAAUGAUGCACUGAACUCUAAUCGUUAAGUGAUUUAAGCAGCAUGAAAUACAAAGUGUCUGACAAAUGUAAUUGUUCAAGGGUCGAGGUGAUGGGAUAAUUGGCUUAUUAUUAACUUACUGUGCCUUGAAGGUGUUGAGCCGUGUCGUCUUGCCCUCACACUAUUGAACAGAUGACCUGCUGCAUGGAUCCACGCCGACGAGAGCUUUGGAAAUGUCUUAGGAUUUAAAUGGUGCUCUGUUUAAUCCCUCUCAACCCAAUUUCCAACUUCUAUUUCCAAAUUGAAACAUUCCUCAUAUGCAAAGAAAAGUGCAGUUUGAAAGAUUGUGAAUGGCCAGUGUAUGUAAAGUGUGUAAAACUGCAUGGCCAAAAGAGCAUGAGGUUACCGGGGCGGCGAAAGGCAUAAGAAGCAAGUAUUUACUGUAUUGGUGUAAUGGUUUUGUCAUUAUCCUUAUAAGAGUUGCCAACAAAAUGUGAGGUUGCUUUUUGUAUGUCUGCCCAUUGACUUGUGCAUCACUGUUGCAUCAUGGGUAGGUUUCGGUUUUGACACCCGGACAGCUGGUGAGCUCAGCCUGCCUUCAACCAGAGCCUCAAACAAGACUUCAUCUCUCCACGUGGGGCAAAACCACUGAUUUUUACUUUAUUUACUUGAGUGUAUUAACCACACAACCCUUGAUGUGUGAUUCACAGCCCACUCCCCAUAUUUUUGCUUUCAGUUUUGUUGAGUUCAAUAAAGAGUGUUUUACCCUGGUUAAA